AUGGAAGCAGAGCAGCAGCAGCAGCAGCAGGCAGCCGCCGCGCUGCCAGCAGCUGCAGCUGCUGCAGGAGCAGCAGGGCCCGAGGAAGCUGCAGUGUCUACAACCUUUGAGCAGCAGCAGGAGCAAGAACAGCAGCAGCAACAGCAAAAACAGCAGCAGCAGCAGGAAGGAGAAGACAAACAGCAGCAGCUUCCUGAGGUGACAGCUGCUGUCCCCAACUCACUGCAUAACCCUUUGCUCCUGCAGGCCGCUGCCUUGCUGCUAGCUGCACAGCAGCAAAAGCAGCAGCAGAAGCAACAGCAACAACAGCAGCAGCAACAACAGAAGCAGCAACAGCAGCAAGAAGAGGAAUCUGCUGCUAGUCCUCCACAAGGCGAUGAGACCAGCAGCUUCCUUGGCAGCUGCUGCAGCAACAGCGAGAGACUCACGAGCAACUGCAGCAGCAACAGCAGCAGGGGGAGACUAACGAGCAACUGCAGCAGCAACAGCAGCAAAAGUGAUUUGCUGCGGCCACCAACAGCAACAGUUAGUCCCCGUGGCAACGAGGAAGAGCAGCAGCAAAAUUUGCAUGCAAAUGCAGCAGCAAUAGCAGCAGCAGCUGCUGCUGCAGCAGCAGCAUCAUCAGCAGGCAGUAGUAGCGCCAGUAGCCGCUUCAUCAGCCUCAGCUGCACCGAUUCACCGAGGGACAUGCAGCAGCAACAGCAGCAGCAGCAGCAACUAAGCUUAAGUUGCCUUAAGUCCGAUAGGGACGACAGCAGGGGACACAUGGAGUUGCUGCUGCUGCAGCAGCAACUGCAGCAGCAAGAGUUUGAAUUGCUGCACAAACAUACCUCAGUUGGUGCUAGAGCAGCAGAGAUGCUUCCUUCCUUGCUGCUCCAUAGAGCUGAGCAAGAGCAACAGCAGCAGCAGCAACAACAACAGCAGCAACAGGAGCAGCAAGAGCAGAGUCCGCAGCAGCAGCAGCAGCAGCAGCAGGUGGAUGAUCUCCCUGUACGAGGAAUAGAAAACUUUGAGGAAGCAAUUGAACGGCAGCAGCAGCUGCUGCUGCUGCAGCAGAUGCAGCAGCAACAAGAUGAAGAGCUGCAGCAAUGCUGCUUCUGUCUUAGGAACUUUGUUGCAUCAAGGAUAGAGAAGCAUCUAAAGAUAUGCGAAGCAGCAAAGACACAAGAGCAGCAAAAGAAGCAGCGGCAACGGCAGAAGCAGCAGCAGCUAGAGCAGCAGAAGCAGCAGCGGCAGCAGCAGCAGCAGCAGCUCAAGCAGUUGCUGCUAGAGCAGCAAAGAGAGCAGCAAAAGCAGCUAAUGCUGAAGCAGCAAGCUGUUAAACAAAGAAGAGAUGCAGCAGCAGCAAAGGCUGCUGCUGCGUCUCGUUGGGCAGCAGCACGCAGCAGCAACAGCAGCAACAGCAACAGCAACAGCUGCAGCAGGCAACGAACAGAUGAGACUUUUAGCAGCAGCAAAAAUCACAACAGCUGGCAGCAAUCCGAUGUUGCUGCUGCUGCUGCUGCUGCAUUGGGUGGAGGAGGAAGGAGCAGCAGUAACAGCAGCAACAGCAGCAAAAGGGCGCUGCCUGCAAGGUCGCGUCUACCACCAACCAGUGGAGACGCUGCAGCAGAAGCAGCAGCAGCAGCAGAGGCUGCAGCAGAGGUAGAAUACAAAGAAGAAGUAGGGACAGAGACUGCAACAAAAGAAGCAAAAGUAGCAGCAGCAACUGCAGCAGCUGCAGCAGCAGUAGCAGCAGCAACAGCAGCAGAGGCAGCAGACGCAGCAGCGGAAGCAACCAGGGCAGCGUCAAACGCAAGCGACUGGAGGGAGACCCUUGCUGCUCCAGAGGCCUCGUCUGCUGCUGCUGCUGUUGCUGCUGCUGCUGCUAACAGUGCGGCAGUUGGGGCUGAAUCAAUAGCAGCAGCAGCAGUAGAAACAGAUGCUGCUGCUGGUGCUGCUGAGCGGCAACCGAGUGUUGGCAUCAGCUGCUGGACAAACUCGCCAGGGGAGCCGCCUCCCCUGCAGCAAAGCAGCCGCAGCAACAGCAGCUGCAGCAGCAGCAGCUGCAGCAUAAGACAGAGCAGCAGGAACAGCAAUGUCAGCAGCAGAGCUGCUAGCAGUCGUCUUAUUAGCGACUGCAGCGCAGCAAUGGAGGACCUACUGGAGCCACCACAGUUACAGCAGCAGCAGCAACAGCAGCAGCACGAACAGCAGCAGCAGGAACAGCAGCAGCAGGAACAGCAGCAACAGAAGCAGCAACAACAACAACAACAGCAGGAAGAGCUGCAGAGGCACCGUCUACAAGAGCAACAGCCGCAGCAACAGCAACAGCAGCCGCAGCAACAGCAGCCGCAGCAACAGCAGCAGCAGCAACAGCAGCAGCAGCAACAGCAGCAGCAGAAGAAAGCAUCUACCUGUGGCAGGACGGAUCUGCAACGAGCUCGACCCCAAGACAGGUGGCGCUUAAUUCCUGCUGCUCGUUGCCCUUUAUGUCUUCGUCGUUUUUGCCUAAAGUCUGUUGAUCGUCAUAUAGAGAUUUGUAAGCAAAGACAAAAGGAGACAGGAGGAAGAAUAGUCCCUUCUGCUGCUGCUGCUGCUGCAGCAGCAGCAGCAGCAGGGACAGGGAACCCGCAGCAACGCGCCGUGAAGACGACUUAUAGACGCGCGAGGAGCCUAGGACCACCAGCAGCUGCAUCAACUAUAGCUGCAGCAAGAAGCAACAGCAGCAGCAACAGCAACAGCAGCAGCAGCAGCAGCAGCAGCAGCUACAACAGAGGUUUAGGCUUCCAAGGACAGACAAUGGACAGCUUUGCGCAUCAGCAGCAGCAGCAGAAGCAGCAGCAGCAACGCGAUCACUUCCCUGCAGCAGCAGCAGCAGCAGAGCAUACAAGACUUAGAAGCGACUUCUUACCACAGACAUUUAGAGGCAACGGCAGAACAUUCAACUACAGCAGCAGCAACAGCAGCAGCAGCAACAGCAGCAGCAGCAACAGCAGCAGCAGCAACAGCAGCAGCAGCAGCAGUUGGGAAGCAGAAGUGGUAGCUGAGCUGCAGCAGCUAGGUCUCGAGGAUGACAGGGUAGCAGCACUAACGAGCCGGUUUGCUGCUCGAAUGCAGCAGCAGCAGCAACAGCUGCUGCUCCAGCAGCAGCAGCAGCAACUGCAGCAGCAGCAGCACAAGUUCCUGCUUAAUCCUCAGAUGGAAGCCUUGGGGGGACCUGAAUUGAAUGCGCUGCUGCCUGAUGUGUUUGCUGCUGCUGCUGCUGCUGCACGGCAGAUUGUUGCUGCUAAACUCUUUGAGCAGAAGCAGCAGCAGGAGGAACAGCAGCUUCUGCAUAAGAAGCCACUGCAGCAGCAGCAGACGGAAGGCAACCGCAGCAGCAGCAACAACAAGGGCAGCACCAGCAGGGACACCAGCAGGCACACUGAGCAGCAUCCCCUAAGACCAUCAGCUUCUGCUGCUGGUGGUGCUGCUGCUGCUGCGCUGCACAGCAGCAGCAGCAGCAACGCCGAUCUAAAGGCAGUGGAACGCCGUAGGAGUCCUGACGUAUCUCCCUUGUCUCUUCGCACAGCAGCAGAGUGCAGCAGCAGCAGCAGCAGCAAACCUGCAGGGAGGUUAACGCCUCGAAGUCCUCGAGCAGCAGCAGCAGCAGCAGCAACAAGGCGGCUAGCAGCUCAAAAGCCUGCAUGCGUUAAUGGGCGUUGCGGCCGGUGUGGGGGACUGCCCCUGGAUGCAGCAACACAGCAGCAGCAGCAGCAACAGCAGCAGCAGCAGCAGAAGCAAAGAGGAUUGCAAUUUGAUACAGGGGUCUUAGGAGGCCCUGCUGCAGAUCGUAACAGGAGCAGCAGCAACAACAGCAACAACAGCAGCAGCAGCAGCAGCAGACCACGUGAAGAAACGUUAGCAGCAAGAGCCGGUCCCUUACAGCAGCGGGAACCCCUGCCGCUGCAGCAGCGGCAGGAGCCGCAGCUGCAGCAAUUGGUACAAGAGCAGCAACAACGGCUGGUGCAGCAGCAGCAGCAGCAGCAGACUGACCUUGGAGACCGCGAAACAGAGCAGCAGCAAAGGCUGAAGCAACUGCAGCAGCAACUGCAGCAGCAGCAAGAUAAGACACUUUCCCUUUCCUCUAGCUUAUGCAAGGUUGAAGCGGAGCAGCUGCAGCAACUGCAGCAGCAGCAGCAGCAACUGCAGCUGCUGCAGCAGCAACUGCAAAAGAUCUCCGCUAGCCGCAUGGUCUCCUCUGCAAAGGGGGAAACACCUGUGCUGCUGCAGCAGCCUCUCAUCUCGACACCGCCGCCACAGCAGCAGCAACAACAACUGCAGCAGCAGCCGCAGCGGGCUGUGCUGCAGGGACAGCUAGCAGCAGCAGAGCCGAUGCAGCCAUCGCAGCUGCCACACCCUCCCUCCCUCAACAACAGCAGCAGCAUCUGCAGUAUUAGCAGCAGCAGCAGCAGCAGCAGCAGCAUUAGCAGCAGCAUCGGACAGUCUGCUGCACCUUCUCGAAGCAUCUCUACAGCAGGGCAGACAUGUUUGCAGCAGCUGCAGCAACAGCAACAGCAGCAGCAGCAGCAGCAACUCCGGCAGCAGCCGCCGGGAUUGAAGUUCGGAGAAGCGCGACGGCUGCAACUGCAGCAGCAGCAGCACGCAGACCUAAAUAGACUCCAGCAGCAGCAGCAGAAGCAGCAGCUGCUACUGCCGGUGCAGCAGCAGCUGCAGCAGCCGCUGCAUCAGCGGCAACAGCUGUUGCAACAGCAACAGCAGCAGCAGCAGCAGCUGCAGCAGUCGCUGCAUCAGCGGCAGCAGCUGCUGCAACAGCAGCAGCAACAGCAGCAGCAACAGCAGCAGCAGCAGCAGCAAGGGGCAACAUUGUUGAGGAGGCAGCGCAGCUUUUCUUCGCGCGAGGCCUCAAUCGCCCGUUGCAGCUCAUUGGACCUCCCGCAGCAGCAGCAGCAGCAGCACAGCAGCAGUGGCAGCAGCAAAGAGCAGCAAGACCAAGUGAAGCACCUGCUGCAACAGCAACAGCAGCAGCAGACGCUGCAGCAGCAGCAAGGAGGGCACUCUUUGCCCAGUCUCGUGCAAUACCACUGUAUGAAGCAACAACUGCAGCAGCAACAACUGCAGCAGCAGCAACUGCAGCAGAAACAACCGCAGCAGCAGCAACUGCAGCAGAAACAACCGCAGCAGCAGCAACUGCAGCAGCAGCAACUGCAGCAGCUACCACUCGAUGCGACGCAUCGUAGUUUAGUUAGCAGCCGCUCGAGAAUUGGGGAAUUGAGUCCUCUCAUGAAGCAGCAGCAACUGCAGCAACUGCAGCAACAGCAGCAACAGCAGCACCCGCAGGCGCUGCUGCGGAGCAACGCAUCUCCUGAUCCCCCCCGUCGCCAGGAGAUGCAGAGUACCUUUCGUCUUGCUGCUCUCCAGCAGCAGGCAGUGCUGCUACGGCAGCAGCAGAAGCAGCAAAUGCCCCAGCAGCAACUGCCGCAGCAACAAAUGCCGCAGCAACAAAUGCCGCAGCAACUGCCGCAGCAGCAACUGCAGCAGCAGCAACUCAGCAUGCCUCGUCAGCCUCAUCAGCCACUCACCCCCAUCCAUAUGCGACAGCAGCUGCAGCAACAGCAAAUUCAGCAGCAGCAACUGCUACAGCAGCAAGUGCACCAGCAGCAACUGCUGCAACAACAACUGCAGCAGCAGCAGCAGCAACUGCCACGCGUUAUGCACAGCAGGUCUCUUGUUAUGGAGGGAAGGCCUUCAGCUACCAGGACAUUGUCUCUAUCUACUGAUUGCUGCAGGUACCCUACUGCAGCAGCAGCAGCAGAAGCAACAGCAGCAGGAGGAAACACCCGGUAUGACAACUGGCAGCAGCAACUCCUGCUGCAGCAGCAGCAACAACGACUGCUGCAGCAGCAGCAGCAGCAACCGCUGCAAACUCCUAAGCCAACACUUCCUCUGUCGAUACACACGUCGCCUCCAUCACUUCUGCUGCAGCAGCAGCAGCAACUGCAGCAGCAGCAGCAACUGCAGCAGCUGCAACAGCAGCAGCAGUUGCAGCAGCAGCUUCUAGAGCAGCAACGGCAGCACCAGCUGCUGAAGCAGCUGCAACAGCAGCAGCUGCUGUUGCUGCAGACUCGUAGGCCACAUAUGCAGCAGCAAAAUGCUGCUCAGUACCAACAGACGCAACUAGCGCCCCUAGCAGCAGCACCACCACCACCACUAGCAGCAACACCACUAGCAGCAGCUGCACCAUCACCAUUAGCAGCAGCAGCAGCAGCACCAGCACCAGUAGCAGCAGCAGCAGCGCCUGCGUUUUUCGUCAACUGA